AAUCUGCCUUCGACACAAUCAGUUAAACUUUAGCCAUCGCCCCUUGCUGGUACACUACCACCAACUCCGCUUUUUGGCAGAUAAAAAUGUUGAACCUAAAAACUAAGAGACUUGCUACUACCAUCGUACAGCAAUGCACCGAUGUCAGACACGAGAAUCAGAUGAAGUUGUGCAAAUUACCUUUAAAAGACAACUCCAACUUUUCAGAGGCAUCCGCCAUUGUCAAGCGAUACUCGUUUGGCAGAAAGAAUCCAUUUGAAUGUAAUACGAGCAAAACUAUUUUGGUGGUGGGAGCCACGGGGUCGGGAAAGACGACGUGGAUCAACGCCAUGGUCAAUUAUGUCCUUGGUGUCCAAUGGGACGAUCUAUUCCGCUUUAUUCUCGUCGACGAAAAUCUCAGAGGAGGGUCACAAGCUCACAGUCAAACCCAAGAAGUCACUGUCUACGACCUCCAUUACCGAAUAGGAUUCCGCAUUCCCUUUUCGCUGACGAUCGUCGACACGCCGGGAUUUGGCGACACUGGCGGAAUUGCGCGAGACAAGGAAAUUACUACGGCCAUCGAAAAACUCUUCAAAGAUAAAAAUGGCAUUGCGGAAUUGGACUCCAUUGGCUUCGUCGUUCAAUCCGCACUCGUCCGUCUGACAGUUACACAAAAAUACAUUUUCAAUUCGGUUUUAAAUAUCUUCGGCAAAGAUGUGAAAGAAAAUAUCCGAUUCCUCACCACAUUCACCGACGGAAAGCGACCGCUAGUCUUGGAUGCCAUCAAAGAGGCCGGGCUUCCUUGCCGUAUCGACUCAAAGGGGCUGCCAUGCCACCAGAAAUUCAACAACGGCGUCCUUUACGUGGAUAACCAAGAUGAAGAGGACGACAUGUCACCCAGCUUGUGGAAGAACGGAAUGAAGAAUUUCAAGACCUUCUUCGACGAGCUGUUACAUAUGCCAACUACAUCGUUGCAAAUGACGAAAGAAGUCUUGGAGUACAGAAAAAAAUUGGAAAUGAAACUCAAGUGGAUGCAGGACGUCAUCCCGAAGCAUUUGACUAAAAUGGAGGAGUUGAGAACGAAAGAAUCCUUCAUCGAGUUGCACAAAAUGGAAGUGGACGCCAAUCAGAAUUUUGAGAUCAGAGUGAAAGUCGCCAAGAACAUCAAAGACCCUAUUAAUUUGAACGCGCUGAGCUGCAAAAAUUGCCAAAGGACUUGCCAGGGCCACUGCAACGCCAGUACUGAGAUCGCUCAUUGUGAAGCAUUCUGCGAAAUUACAAAGGGAUUUGCUGUCAUUCCAAUCUUUGGUUGGAUUGCGCUUGGUGUUCAACAUGCGGUCAAUGAAGCAAAUUAUCCGGUGUGUAAAAUGUGCAACUGUUUAAGCACAGAGCACGAAAAAGGACAGUUCCGCUGGAUCUGCAAAGACGUGGAGGAGACGCACACGCUGGAGGAGAUGCGGGAAAGGUAUGAAAAGGCCAAAGGAAAGAAGAUGGACGCCGAAGGGCUGGUGACAGCACUGAGAAACGAUCUUAACAUUCUGAAAACGGACAUUGUCAAAAGCAUAGACUUGAUCAAGGAAUUGAACAACAGACUCAAAAAGAAUGCGCUGCACGGCAAUCCGCUCACGACUCCAGAGUACAUCCGGAUGAUGAUCGAAAACGAGAAGAGAGAAUGUCAAAAAGGAUUGGCAGAAAGAAUCAAGAGUUUGGAGGAACUGUUAUUGCUGGCUAAGUUGACCAACGACAUAAUGGAAGAUGGAGACAGAUUUCUGAAGAUGCAAAUACAAGUCUAAUUCUUUCAAGAUGUGUCGGAAGGUGAAAAUUAAGCAUACUCUACACGCAACUUGUAAUUAUAAUAGUAUGAAAGGCAUGUGGUAAUAUUCUGUACAUGUUAAACCUCUAAAUUACUGAAUAAAAUAUGUAAUCACUCUU